CUACCCUAUAUUUGAAAAUCCCUACCCUUUGAGUAUACACGAGUCUCCUGUUACAUGUUGUGAAUAUUUUGCUGAUUGUCCUGUAGACCUUAUUCCUGCACUUUAUUCUGUUGGAGCUAGACAGAAACGUCAAGGCUACAGCAAAAAGGAAUGGCCUAUCAAUGGAGGUAAUUGGGGCUUGGGUGCUCAGAGUUACCCAGAAAUAAUUAUUACAGGGCAUGCUGAUGGGUCAGUUAAGUUCUGGGAUGCUUCUGCAAUAACUCUACAAGUAUUAUAUAAACUAAAAACAUCUAAAGUAUUCGAAAAGUCAAGAAAUAAAGAUGACAGACCAAACACAGAUAUUGUAGAUGAAGAUCCAUAUGCCGUUCAAAUCAUCUCCUGGUGCCCAGAAAGUAGAAUGCUGUGCAUAGCCGGAGUUUCAGCUCAUGUCAUUAUUUAUAGGUUCAGCAAACAGGAAGUGGUUAUAGAAGUCAUUCCGAUGCUUGAAGUGCGAUUGUUAUAUGAGAUAAAUGAUGUGGAAACUCCAGAGGGCGAACAGCCACCACCUUUGUCAACUCCUGUGGGAGGUUCCAAUCCUCAACCCAUUCCACCUCAGUCUCAUCCAUCUACUAGUAGCAGUUCAUCUGAUGGACUUCGUGAUAAUGUACCUUGUUUAAAAGUUAAAAACUCACCACUUAAACAAUCUCCAGGUUAUCAGACAGAACUUGUUAUUCAGUUGGUAUGGGUCAGUGGAGAACCACCGCAACAGAUAACCAGCCUGGCAGUCAAUUCUUCCUAUGGAUUAGUGGUUUUUGGCAACUGUAAUGGCAUUGCCAUGGUUGACUACCUCCAGAAAGCAGUACUGCUCAACCUGGGAACCAUUGAGUUAUAUGGCUCAAAUGAUCCUUAUCGGAGAGAACCACGAUCUCCGCGUAAAUCUCGACAACCUUCAGGAGCAGGUCUAUGUGACAUUAGUGAAGGGACUGUUGUCCCAGAGGACCGCUGCAAAUCUCCAACUUCUGGUUCUUCAUCACCACACAAUUCAGAUGAUGAACAAAAAAUGAAUAAUUUUAUAGAAAAGGUGAAGACCAAAAGCAGAAAGUUUUCCAAGAUGGUAGCCAGUGAUAUAGCAAAGAUGUCAAGAAAGUUAAGCUUGCCAACUGACCUAAAGCCUGAUCUAGAUGUAAAAGAUAAUUCCUUCAGCAGAUCACGGAGUUCAAGUGUAACCAGCAUUGACAAAGAAUCCCGAGAAGCAAUUUCUGCACUUCAUUUCUGUGAAACUUUUACUCGAAAAUCAGACUCAUCCCCUUCCCCGUGUCUGUGGGUUGGAACAACUCUAGGAACAGUGCUUGUCAUUGCCCUGAACCUUCCCCCAGGUGGAGAACAAAGACUUCUUCAGCCAGUAAUUGUGUCUCCAAGUGGUACUAUAUUGAGGUUAAAAGGUGCAAUCUUGAGAAUGGCAUUUCUGGAUGCCACAGGCUGCUUAAUGCCACCUGCAUAUGAACCCUGGAAAGAACACAAUGUUCCUGAAGAAAAGGAUGAAAAGGAGAAAUUGAAAAAACGACGGCCUGUCUCAGUAUCCCCCUCCUCUUCUCAGGAAAUUAGUGAAAACCAGUAUGCAGUGAUAUGUUCUGAAAAGCAAGCAAAAGUAAUCUCACUGCCAACCCAGAACUGUGCUUAUAAGCAAAACAUUACUGAGGCCUCAUUCGUGCUCCGUGGAGAUAUAGUAGCACUGAGUAAUAGUGUUUGCCUUGCGUGUUUCUGUGCCAAUGGCCACAUUAUGACUUUCAGUUUGCCAAGUUUAAGGCCUCUGUUGGAUGUAUACUACUUACCCCUUACCAAUAUGCGGAUAGCCAGAACAUUCUGUUUCACCAACAAUGGACAGGCAUUGUAUCUUGUUUCGCCUACAGAAAUCCAGAGACUUACAUAUAGUCAAGAGACCUGUGAAAAUCUUCAGGAGAUGUUGGGUGAACUCUUCACUCCUGUAGAAACACCUGAAGCACCAAACAGGGGAUUCUUUAAAGGCUUAUUUGGAGGUGGUGCACAGUCUCUUGAUAGAGAAGAACUAUUUGGAGAGUCAUCUUCUGGGAAGGCUUCAAGGAGUCUUGCACAACAUAUCCCCGGCCCUGGUGGCAUUGAAGGUGUGAAAGGGGCGGCAUCUGGAGUUGUUGGUGAAUUAGCAAGAGCCAGGUUGGCACUGGAUGAAAGAGGGCAGAAGCUUAGUGACUUGGAAGAAAGAACUGCAGCUAUGUUAUCCAGUGCAGAUUCAUUUUCUAAACAUGCUCAUGAGAUGAUGCUGAAAUACAAAGAUAAGAAAUGGUACCAGUUCUGACAACCAGAAUCCAUUAAGUCCAACUUCAGCCAGAAGGGAAAAAAAUUUUCCUUUUUAGUUCAUUUAUUUAGGAAAGUCAACAUUAAAGGGAUGUUCAUAUCACUAAAAACUGUUCUUUCCUAGCACAAUCAUGCACUGUUUUACCUCAGUCAUGUGGCUUUACCUGAGGAGCGUUCACACACACAAACUGGAAUAUAUGGUGUGUGCCAGGUGUGAGUUGACAAAUGAGGAAAUAGCAGGUCUUAUAUGACAGAUGAAGAAACAAAGAGUGAUAUUGAGGCGGCAUGGUAGGGACUGUUCCUUGGAUCAUUCCUAUAUUAAACUUUCAUAUGCCAAAAGAUUUUGUGCCGUUGUAUCUGCCAUCAGUGUUUGAGCUAUUUGGGGGAGAGACAAUAUGUCAAAAGUCCUGAGGCUGAAAUAGUUACAUUUGUGUCAUUAGACUGGAUUAUAAAAAACAGCUGUCUUGGACUCUCCCUUCCUUAAACUGACUGGUUAUCAAUAUCAUUAGUGAAAAAGAAACAAGCUGUUUGUUACCAUAUCUUUAGAUUAAGCUGAAUGGUGGGGCUUUAGAUAAUCAGAACAUACACAUGGUUGAUUUGUGUAUGGGCUACUCUUGGAUUCUUGUUAUAUACUUGUGUUUAGUUCGUAUUUUGUCAAAAGCAAAACAAGGUGAUACAUCACUUUUCAUUGAAAAGAAAAGUGUAGAGCAUGACCGAAUUGCUCAUCAUUCUGGAAGUUACCAUGUAGUGGCCAUGCAAUGUAGAAAGUGCAAAAAAACCUCCAUUGUGGCGAGGAGAAUACUUCAGUGUCCUUUGUCCUUUUUCUCAUUCAUUCAGCUAAAGGUGAAUUUGACCAAAACAGUUACUGGUUAAAUUUGUAGAAGAGUUGAAAUUGGCUAAGUUCUUAAUUUUGCUUGAAAUUUUAUAAAAUGUUUAACCAAAUGUAUCUUUGCAUUAUUUAAUUAAAAUUGCUAAAACAACAAUGUUUCAUUAUUUCAGUAAAAUGCUCAGCUCCCUUUAUAAAAUGCCCUUUAUUUGUUGACAAUUCCAAUUCACUCAGGUUGAUGAGCCAGUUAAAUCUUAGUGCACAUGCUAUCGCAUGGAAAAUUAAAAGCAUCUGUUGUCAAUAAUCAAGAGUCUAGUCUGAUGACCUACAAAACAUUUUCUGUAGAAAUAUGCUAUAAAUCUGUGCGUAUCCUUUCAAGGUUUAAAAAGCCAAAAGGAAAGGCAACUAUGUACACUUUGGUAACUAAAUUAUUUUUGUUAUUGAAUAUAAAGUAGAUUGAGAUAGCAAUGGACAAUGAAUGAUUGAUUCCUAGCAUAGCAUUACAGAAAGGAAAGAAAUUACUCCAUAGAUCUGGAAGUAAGCACUCUCUUAAUGCCAGCUAAUCUGAGAUUAUUGUUGAUUGUGAAAGCCACAAAAGAAGAGCAAAAUAGAAGCAUUUGAAAUGAAUGUUAAUGAAAUUGAAAUAUUGUUUUCUAUGAGAAAUUUUUGAAGAUCAUUUUCUUUUUAAUUAAGAGAUAAUCAGAGCACAAAUUGACGGCAAACAUGGUUGGUUUUCUAGUCCAUAUGAUCAUUAGAGGUAUGUGUAGAACACUGUAGCUUUUUCACAGUCUGUUAAGCUUCUUCUCCUCUUUACUCUUUUCAUUAAUAAACUUUUGUUUACAUUUUAUAAUGUGUACUACUAGAUAUAAAAGUUUACAUCAAAUUUUACUUUAAAUACCAUUGGGUAGGGACUAAGUAUAUGUGAUAGAUGUAAUUGAUCAAUCCAAAAGAAAUAUUUUUAAAAUGCAAUCAUUUUCAAAAGUGUUGAAUUUGUAGAAAGUACCAAUGAGUAAUCUUUCUGUUUAGUUAAUGUCAGCUGUCUGAUGGACAUUCAGCAGUUUACAAAUUGCUUAAUGUACAUUACAUAUUAUCCAGCAAACCCAUUGUUCCAUAAUAAGUCACAAAAAGUAUUAGGUCCUUUUUUAAAGGUAUAUUUUGUGAAUAUCUGUAAAAUCAACACUUACAGAUUUUUCAAUGUUGUUGAGAAGUAUUAAGUAUAUUAAUAUACUGGUUGAUUCUCUAUCCAUGUAGAAGGUCCAUAGCUUUAAUUUAAUUUCUGUGUUAUUUUGUGUUAUUUGUAUAAUAGAUUAAUUUUUACUGUCAUUUUUCCUAUUGUAUAUAAAUGAACCAAACUUGUAAUUAUUUUCAAAUAGAGAAGUAGAUAAAUUUACCCAAGAUGGAUUUUAUAAGAAAAUCUUAGAUCAGUGUGUUAAAUUACUGCAUUUUUAAAUUAAUCUACAAAUUAUGCACAACAAACUAGAGACUCACUUAGGAUUAAAAAGCUUUAAAGUAUUUUUGAGUAUAGGAAAUAAGCUUCUAAGAGUUAUACUUGAUUCAGUCUGUAGAUAAGAGUCAGUAUGCAGUAAUAACUAACCCAGGGAAUUUAUUGAAAUUUGAGAGAUAACAUCUCUUUUUUUUAAUGCAAAAAGUAGUAGUCACCAGCAAGCCAGGACUUCAGGAAAACUAACCAAAAAAAUUUAAAAGUCAAAAUAAAAAAUGUAUCAGAACAUGAAAGAUUUUCCCAUAUCUUCAACAUUGUUUUGUCACAUUUGUCCUUGACUCUAAAUUGAAGUAUUCAUUGAUUAACAGUUUUUCAGUAGGAAGUGAUUUCCAUAUAUGUACCAUAUAUCCAGCUUUCACUUUGCAAACUAAAAUCCAUCCAUAUUUGCUUAGAAUGGUCUUUGAAAUCUUAUAUUCUCACAAACUUUGUACAUUACAUUCAUUUGAAAUUUUGCAUCAUCUUGACACCCUUUGUGUGGAUUUCCACCCUAUAAAGUGUUUCCAAAUGUUGAUGAUAGCUGCAACUGAACUAUUGCUAACUUCUUGAGCUUAUUAUGGAUAUGAAAAAAUGCUGCUACUUGUCUAUGUUAUUGUGUGUAAGUGUAUUGCAAUUUAAUUAAGAAUAGUACUUUAAAGAAAGGUUUUCCUUUACUUCAGACUUCAUUGUAGGUUCCUUUGAAAUUAUUUCAUGUAGAUAUUUGAGUGUUUUAAACAAGUCUGAAAGUGUUAAAUACGUUUAAAUUAUAGAGAUGCUGGGGAGAGGAGUAAGGAAAGGAAGAAUGUGUGGAAGACAUCACGAAGUUCAAAGUUUUACCCUAAGUUCUAUAUUCCAUAUCUGUUUUGCUUAAGGCAUUUCUCAUGUGACAUUAGAAAAGCUAUAUCCAAAGGUAAAUUUUUUGUGGAAAGAUUUAUUUUACAUUUUAACUUUAGGGAUUUUGUUUAUUUGUUUCUGCAAAAUAAAGAGCACUGAACUUUAAACUUGAAUUUUUUCUGCACUUUUUUAGGUAACAAAAACUUUUUAUUAUCAUUUAAUCCACAUUUCAGUUUAAAUGAAGUGAUGCUUGUGUAUAAACAUACCAAAAUCAUGAAUAUGCUGCUAGUUGCACCUUAAACAACCAAUCAGUUUUAAAAACCUUUCAUAGGGUUUUAUAUAGUUUUCAAAGGUUCAAAAAAAGUAAAAUUAUUUUCUGUAUGUUUCAGUGUUCUUGGUCUUAAGUUUAAUUGCAACACUUUCAGAUUUGUUUUACAAUCAUACAGUAACAUGUUAUAUUUAUACAUACUGCUAGAGAAUAUACUUUUAGUUUUAAAAUGGAAUUUUUAUAAAUGUACUCUUUAAUUUUAAAAAUGGUGAACUUGUUAAGUUUUAAGUCAAAGUACUUAAAAAGUAUGUAUAUUAUCCAUACAAAAAGUUAUGUUUUACGCUUAUAAUAAGAAAUAUUGGUAUCUCAUAUCGAGAUACAAUUAAUUUUUUAAAAUCAUGCAUAAUUUAAAAGUCUUCAUAUAUGACAGAAAAGAUACCAUAGUUUAAAAAAAAAACCUCUAUUGAACAUUUUCAAAUUAAUCUUCCUUUGUGGGGGGAUACCCACAACAAUGAUUUCAAAACCUUUCUCAGUAGUUACAGCUUGCUGUUGGAUGCCUACCUUAACUAUUGUUUUAAAGUAUAGAUAUAUAUAUAUAUAUUUAAAAUAGUUUUCAAGGUAUUUUCUUCUACCUUUUUUAAAAAUAAAUUUCCAAAAAUGAAAACAGAGUUUAUGUAUUUUUGUCAAUGAAGGUUUUUAUUUUGUAGUUUAUAGAAUUUGUUCCUUAUCAGUUUGAUACUUGAUCAGUAUUUCCUACACUUUUUAAUCUGUAUUUUACUUUGAAAAAGAACACUCCUAUAUCUUACAUGUCCUUUUUCUUUUCCAUUUUAGGGUUUUGUUCUCUUAGAUUGAAAUUUAUGCCCACAGUUUUUUUCAUUUGAAAAUGAAUGUGGAGAUACUGUUUACAGCUCUUGUUAAUUGCUCUUUUCACCAUUCUGAUCAACUUCUAGUAGAGUGCUAUAGGGAUUAUAUUCUUGUGAAUAUUAAUGAUACUACUGCCUCGGAAGUUGUGAAGGUACUGUGGACAGAAAACAGUUGUUACAACCAAAAAAAUUCAAAAGAAAAACAUUAGCUUACCUUUUUGAGAGAAUUAAGUGAUUAUUAACUUCCCAAUUUCCAGGGUUAUAACAUUGUUUGUUCAGUCACUGAUAUAGUCUUAAAAUUAUUAGGCACACUUCAUUUAUAAAUUGAGUACAGUAAUCCAGGGUUACUUGUAAGUGCUCUCUUUAUUUUUCUCUUUAAACCAGAAAAAUCAUGAAUGUCAGUUUUGCCAGUAUUUUGCAAUGAGGCUCAUAGUUUCAAUUAAAAUUUUGUAGUAUGUAAGAUGUAAAUAAGUAUUAGUUUAUCGUAGGUCAUUUGACUCAGGCAUUUAAAAUGGUACAGGUUAUUGACAAUGGAAUCCUAUUUAAGUUUUUUUAAUACUUUUGCUAUUUGUUUUCUGUUGUCUAAACUUUGUUUCAACUGAAGACAAUGUAAUGCAACAGGCUCAACAUAUCAGUAGAAAGCAAUGCAAAGAGGAUAAAUCAUGGUUUGAUUUAUUUUAAGUUUUUUCUUUGUAAAUAAACAGUACUGUGAUACUUUAGGUAUGACCUCUGCUCAGCAUGGUAACUAGAACCAGAAAAACAUUUUGCUUUCUAGUUAUACCAUCUGUUUCUUGUAAAUGCAUUACAAGAGACAAUAUGAAAAAGAGCAAGAUUUAGUUUUCCUAACAUUUGUUUAUGUCACGGGCAAGCAUGCUUGGUGUAGCACUAUAGCUUGUAUAGACCUAAAACUGUACACGCAGGUGGUGUGCAGUUGCUGCACUUUCCUUCUCUAUUUUUUUAAAUCUUGCUCAGUCCCAGUAACUAUCUCAAAGGUAGUUGCUGGAAUAUGCAUUUGAAAUAUUGUUUAAAAAAAUCUCUGUGUACUGUUUAACAACAACAAAAAAGCACUAUUGCAAACACUAAAAAUGUGUUCAAACUUUAUAGUUAUUUUGCAUUCCUGUAAUUUAUCAGCAAAAAAAAAAAACUGUCAUCACAGCAAAAGGUUUAAAAUUAGGUAAUGAAAUAUUUUUGUAAAUAAAUACCAUUAAGAUGGUAUUUUAAAAGUGUAUUAUAAAUUAAUGUUUCUGGAAAAUGUUCAUAUAUAUGUAUAUGAAUGUCUCUUUAUGCUGAAGGGCUCUGAUUGGGCAAAAUAAAAUAGUCUAAUCUCUCCUGAAACUAAACAAGCCCUUUUUUAUGGAAAAUAUGUUUAAUAGUUUUCUGACUUGUGGAAUUAACCCAUUAUUUUAACCUGAGAAAAUAAUUGAUAAAAAAAAAAACAGAUUGCCACAUUUCCAAAGGGAAAAGCAAAUUGAUCGGGUAAUUCAAGCAAGGCCAGCUGUGCAUGUAACUGUGGAAUUUUUGGUGAAAAUGCCUACCCCUUUGGUAUGUGGGUAAGAGGAAAGGAGUUGGGGUGGGAGUCAAGGAGACAGGAGCCAGAUCUAGAGAUACCCAGUCACCUGGGGGUCUGAUUAAACACAUCUCUAAUAUGCUCCAACUAAUACUGAUGUUGCUGGGCUGUGGAACAUACUUAGAUUCGCUAGGACAAUGGAUAUGGAUAAUUUCCAUCUUUGGCAUUUUGCUACUUGAUUUGUCAGUAUGAGUGUCCAACUAUUUGUACAAAAAAUGAAUAUCUCAUUAAUGAAUCUAGGGUAAUUAACAUAAAGGCGGUCGAGCUGCUUAUUUGUCAUUGUUUCCAUUGCAUUUUAGAAUAAAGUCUAUGGCAGUUCUCUUACUUUGAGUGUUUGACUCUUCCUGUGGUGAAAGACCAUUCCACAUGGUGGCAGUCGUGUCUCACCUUAUGGUGUGAGCCUUAGCAAGAAGUGCUUACAGUGUAAUUGUACAAGGGAAGAGCCACAGGCUUUGCAAAAAUGAAUUUUCCUAACUGAUACACCAUCCAGAAAAUUAUUAAAUGAUCUAAUAUAUGAAACAGACAACACUUUUUUCCUAAGUUAUACAUUUCUGUAGAUUGGUAGUGGUAAGGCUUAUUAUCAAAAGAAAUUUUACCAUUUUUCCAGAAAACAUAGGCAUAAAGUGAUAAAAUUUUGAAAACUGAAGAUUGUCUUCAUUUCUCUGGUCAUGCCUUUUUAAAGGUCAGUACUUUGGGUAUGUCCUGUGUAAAUGGUACAGUAUCAUUCACUGCUUUAAAUAGAAAAAUAUUGGCAUUUUACCUCUUCCUAGGAGUUAUAGGAAGAUUCUGAUUUUCUUCCAUUAAAGAUAAUGUUUUUGUCAUUAUAGUCUCAGUUUUUGUACAGAAGUGUUUUG